AUGGAUGGUAGUCAAGAGUGGAGAGCAAGUCCACGCAUAGUAAUGAAGCCAGAAGGAAAGAGAUCGACGGGCUCGGCACUUCACUGGCAUGCUGAGGAGAAGGACGGAAAGCAACGGGCGACCUUCACACAGGAGAAAAAGUUUGACCUUGGUAGAAAGAGAAUUGUGUUUGGACAUCUUGGUGUGGUGCUGAAUGUUAACGUUCUGUUACUACCCUGCGUGAAAUGUAUCCUAUUCAUUGCAGAACACUGUUCAUUACGUGUUGUUGAUCACCUCAGUGAGCUGUGCAAAGUAAGAUUUGCAGAUAGUAAGGGAUGCAAGGAUUUCAAGCUAAAGAGGACAAAGUGCAGUGCUAUUGUGUGCAACGUGCUUGCUCCACACUUCAGCAGUGAUUUGAAAGAUGACAUUGGUGAUCAAAAGUUCAGUCUCUUAAUUGAUGAGAGUAAUGACAUUACAGUAACCAAGCUACUAGGAAUUGCUAUUAGAUUUUACUCAAGAAGUAAGAAAAAAAUUGUAGUGACAUUUUUGGACCUUGUUGAACUCCCAGACUGUGAUUCUACUGGAAUAUGUGAUGCCUUGAAAAGAUCCUUGAAAAAUAGUGGACUGGAGUUACAAAAGCUCACUGCUAUAGGGACUGAUAAUGCUUCUGUUAUGACGGGAGUUAACAGUGGAGUGUAUGCAAAACUCAAAACAGAAGUUCCUCAUCUCAUCCUUAUUAAGUGUGUCUGCCAUUCUUUGCAAUUAGCUGUGUCUCAUGCAACAGCUCAGUGCCUCCCUAGAAACCUAGACUUUUUGAUUAAAGAGACUUAUAAUUGGUUUUCCCACUCUGCUAUCCGCCAAGCUAGAUACAAGGAAAUAUUUUCUCUGAUAAAUGAUGGUCAAGCUCCACUUAAAUUAAUUCACCUGAGCCAGACUCGAUGGCUUUCAGUUGAAUCGGCAAUAGUCAGAAUUUUGCAACAAUGGCUUGAACUUAAGACUCACUUUGGCAUGGCAAGACAUGGUGAAAAGUGUUACACAGCUGAGAUCCUGUAUGGAAUGUUUUGUGACAAGGAAAACUAUGCAUUCCUUGUAUUUCUGAAACAUAUUCUGGGAGAAGUUCAGCGAGUUAAUAAGAAAUUUGAAGCAGAGGUACAAGAUCCAACGAAACUACUGAGUGACCUUCUUCAUCUUAUUGAUUCUAUGAAGUCAAAGGUCCUCAUCCCAGAGCACCACCAUGUCUAGCCCAGCAGUGCUUGUAACAUCAGAAACCCUUCCUCCUGGAACAUGUACUGUCUGCAGGAAAGGCAAAAUAAAAGAUAGUGCCUCAUGCUGCACAUGGAUUACCUGUCUGCUGUUGCUUCCCUUUGGCAUCAUCCCGGGUAUCAUUGCCUUUUGCUGCUGCUGCCGCCAUCCCAAGUGCACCAACUGUGGCUACACCACCUAAAUGAACUGGUAUAGGAUGGCCACUCCCAUCUGUAGCCACCCUCCUACAGUCACCAUAGAUGUUUUUUUGUUCCUCUCUCUCUAACAUUCAAUUGCUCUUUAAGAUUUAUAAUCAACUACUAGUGUUUACCAAAAUGUAAUGAUUAACCAUUUAGCUAAGCAUAGGAGGAUGACUAAUUAUAAGUGAAUUACUAGCCCUAGUAAGAAUAUAUGAAGGAAGCAGUGGUCAUUUUGUUUAUAAUCAAUCAAAUUAAAUAAAAAAAAAAAUUGAUUAGGGAACAUUAUUAGAAUUGAAUGGUACAAAAGUUUUACUGAAGCAAGAACUUGAAAUAUGUAUACUUGAUCUACAUAAUACGUUCCCUUUAUAAACCUGACAAAGUGCACUCCUCUCAUACGUGUACUGCAAACAAGUUGGGUUGUGCUGUGAGAGUUUAAAGUUAACUAAAAGUUAGGAAUAUUUUUUCUAAAGCUGCUGUAGUAUAGUACAACUUUACUAUACCUAAAACCUGCUUCAAGACAUACUGCAGAAUAAUAUGAAUAAUCUAUCAUAGAUAUUUGCAGUGUGUGGUGUGAGCAGCACUGCACAUUCGUGAUUCUCUGAUAUAGCUCCAUGUGUUGUGAUGCAAAGAAAAUUUGUUUCGGUUAGCUUUUAGGAACCGUCCAGUUUCCAGUCUCAGUGCUGGGUUCUUGUACUACAUAUGUGUUCAAUCACUUUACUUAAAAAACUAAGUAACUUACACAACAUAUAGAUUUAGUAAUAAUCCACAACAUUUAGUCACAUAAGAAGUACUUAAUACAAAUUUCCUGCUUUGCCUUUUGUUAGGAAUUGUGUUUUAUGGGCUCCAAAUAGUUUUACUUGUUUCUUACUUUGAACUUUACUUUUCUGGUUUCCAGAGUAUUAAAGUCAAAGUAGCUUGCUCAAAACAGUCUCACGUGUCCCUUACCUUGCGUUGAUUUGGUGUGAGACGAGAGCUGGGCUUUGUAGGAUAAUGCUAGUCUACAUGGUGUGCCUUGCUUAGGAUUAUAAAAGUGAUGUAUAACCACCCAUUGGUCAUCUCAAUUGAAAGGAUAUAUUACUAAAAAAGUUAAGGAAUUUAGUAUUAGUAAAAAAAAAUUAAAUGUAAUUUUACUACUUUUCUUAUUAUCAUUUCAUCAGAAGUUGAUAUUGUGAAUCAGAUUUUCAUGUGAAAUUCAAGGCUUAGAAAAUGGUAAUGUAAUGUUAAAUGAAAUCCAAGGGUUAGAAAAAAUGUGAAGUUCAUUUCUUUAAAUAUUUUGUAUUCUUAUAUUGUAUCACAUUUUGCAGCACAAAAUAAAAAUAUUCAACUAUGA